AUAAUAAACGGAUACGCCUCCCCUAUAAAAUGAUAAACGGACUGUUGGGUGUUUUUAAUGGAAUUGCAGAAUAGUCCAAGGAAGGCAAGCUGUUAGGAAGGAUCUCGUGCUGAAGACUUUAGAUUGUUCAAGGGUUUCUUCAUGAACAACCUGAACGAUCCUCCUAGAUGGAAUAUUAGACCAGAGCCCGCCGGAGGAGAUGACGGGAGCAGAUGGAAUUAUGCUCUGCUGGUGCCCAUGAUCGGCCUGGCAGCAUUUCGUUGGAUAUGGACUCGAGAAUCACAGAGCCAGAUCCAAGAUGUGAAGAACAAGUACAACAGUGACAUGGCAUCCAUUACCAGAGACCUGGAGCUGAAGUACAGGGAAACGCUGACAGAAAACCGGCGGACAGCAGCGCACCUGGAGGUGGAGCUUGAGAAGGAACGCCAGCGUGUGCAGGGCUACAAGAAAGCCCUGAUCUCUCAGAGUCAGCAGCUUAUGGAGGAACGGAAGCAGCUUCAGCAGGAACGACAGGAUCUGGUGGAGGAGAAGAACCGCCUGCUGCAGUCUGGAGUGGCCGGGGUGGUGCUGCGGAAAGCCCUGCAGCGAGAGGAGGACUGGCAGCUCAGGGCUCAGGCUCUGCUAAAGGAACUGGAGGUGAAGCUGCUGGAGAGGCAGGACGCUUUCUGCAGCAUCCUGUUUCCACGGGCACAUCGUCUAGAGAUGGAGAAGAAUCUGCUGUUGAAGGUGGCUAAGGACCCGGUGGGUGCCGAGCUGAACCUAGAGGAAGAUCUCAGGGACAUUUUUAAGAACGACAGACACUGUGCAGAUGUACUGAACAUGGGUGAGCAGAAGAAUGGGAAUUUGAUGUGGCUGUAUCUCAGGUACUGGCAGCUCCAGGUCACUCUGCAGAAACACAAAAGGGCAGAAGAGACGCUAAAAGGGGCAUCGCUAAACUCCAGCAGACCUUGAUGAGUAUAAAUCUCUAUAUAAAACAAGAAGAAUUUUCUGCCUAUAAUGUUUUCCUUUGCUUAUCCAAGGUAUCCCCAUGAUUUAUUUUUCUACUAUUUAUGAUGCCAAGUUUUUUUUGUGAAACCACUUGAGCCUUGAGUCUUUGACAAUCACGCCAGAACAUGAAAAUGUGUAUUUUUCGCAGAUUUUUUUAAUGCUCCUCAGCUGUACUUUCCUUUUCUUUCAGUUUAACCAGUCAUAUAGAAAGCAGAAGAAUUGGAUGAUUUCAUAUUUGUUGCAUGACUGAUGAUAUAGAAUAUAUUACAGUUUGAUCGACUAAAGUUUGUUUUUUUAUUGUUUGCCAUGAUUUCAUAAAUGCAUAUAAAUGAGAUUUACAGUCAAGAAAGGGUUUAUUUAAACAGUUAUUUCCAAGAACUAGCUGUUUUGAACAGAUGAUGAUGAUUGUCCAGCAGAGAUGUCUUUCCCAGUUCAUUGUAAACCUACUGAGAAAUAGAUCAACAGCUCCUUUAUAAACAAGUAUAGAUUAAAAUAAUAAAUGAAAUGUAUUUAAGAAUAUUCAGGUUUAAGACCAUUACGAAGCAUAUUUUGUUUUGCUAAGAUUUGUACACUUAAGCCAGAUUUAGAAAAUGAAUAAUGUUAUUGUGUUAACACACCAAUUGGCAUUUAUUGUAAAUAAAUACUUGAAGCACA